GUCACCCAUCCCGCGUGGUUUCCUCCUGCUUCUACCAACAACCGACAAGACAUCGAUUUUGAUCAAGUGCUAAAAUCACCCAGUUUAUAUGUAUUAACUCUGCACUACUUGGCCGAGGCGUAUUCAACAUGGACUCGGAAGAAGCAUGCUCCAUGGCGGCACCAAGUUGGAUGAAGCGGAUUCCGAAAGCGUGCAGUACUUGCCGGCAAUCAAAGGUCAAGUGCGAUGGAAAGCGCCCUUGCACAAGAUGUGAGAAGCUGAAGAAGCAAUGCACUUUUUUCAAGACCCCUAAGGAUCCGGUUAUGGAGAGACUAAAAGUAGUCGAAUCGGAAGUACACCGUCUCCAGGAACAAUUGAAUGAUACGAGAGAGCUUCUUCGUCUCCACUCGCAGCCAGACCCCGAAAGAUUCACAGGGGCCGAGGUGUCAUAUCACGAUGCCUUACCGGGACAGGGGCCAUCUCGCGAUAGCAUUUCAAUAUCACCGCCUCUCCAGGCAGUGGACCAGACUGCAGUUAUUAUUAACCCUGGCGCAAUUGUAAGAGGGACCCAAAGGGAAGCAUCUCUCCAGCCUCAAAGCCAAGCAGCCAACGCAGACCCUCCCCGUUCGACGAAAAGAAAGCGCGCUGGAUUUGACAUCCGGAAUAAGCCAAUUUCAGAUUUUAUCAUUAAUGGUUUCAUUACUAUCGAUCAGGCCGUGGGUCUUUUUAACACCUUCUUCCAAGGCUGCGAUAGAUAUAUUCCUAUUUUUGAUCCUAAGUACGACUCCUUCGAAUCGGUACGUUGCAGAAGUAGUGUUCUGUUGAAUGCCAUAUGUGCAGUUGGUAGCCUUGUGGAAGGAAAUUCUUCCCCCCAAUUGUCAGACCAGCUGCAUUUCGAGCUCAAAAAAUGGAUCAAUGUCGUUAUCCAAAACGCAAGGCUGAGCUGCUUGGAAUCAGUUCAAGCAUUACUCGUGAUCGCUUGCUACUCCUCUGAUCGCUCUCUCAUUCUCUCAUUCGCCAUCCGGAUGGCACUGGACCUGGGGCUAGAUGAAGCAUUCGAGGACCUAAUCCAGCAAUUGGCCAUGCACGACGUUGGCGGGGGCCUUGAUAUUCGCAACGUGGUUGAAACGGAAAACAUUCUAAUGCGCAAGUGCAGAGUAUGGUUUGGGCUCCUGGUGCUGGAGCACAUAUUCAGUGUCGACGGAGGCAAGCCCCCAGGAAUUCAGAUGACAGGGAAUGCACGACACUGUCGCAAGCUACUCACUCACCCUUCUGCAACCGUACUGGACCUUCGUCUCUUCUCUCAGGUUGAGCUCAAUGUCAUCAGAGUGUACAUCAAUGAAACCCUAGGCGUCAAAGAGCCACUUGACCGAUCAGAUAUAUCAGCUUUUGUUCAUGAAGCGAAGCUUGAUCUGGAUCUCUGGUUUGAUGAUUGGCAACGGAUCAUAGAAAACACCCUUACUGCGGAGGAUAACGAGCGACCCUCCUUAUUAGCUGCUCUGCGAGUCCAAAAGUGCUGGUCGGAAAUGAUGCUUUAUUGCAAGGCUCUUCGCUCAAUGGGCGUAGAAAACGUCGCAGCCAUGUCUGCGGUAGAACAUAAUAUCCUCCUGAUGGCCAAAGCCAGUGCCAGGAGGCACCUUGGACUCAUCACCAUUGAAGCAGACUCAUAUCUCGCCAAGCUGAAGUAUGCGAUGGAUUUUGUUUGGGCCAAAUGCGCAUUCUGCUUUCUUCUCCUUCUCAAAUUCUCUCGUCUCCUCCCAGAGCCAAAAGAGGAACGACAGGAAUUACUUGACCAGGGCAACAGACUAUUGGAUGAGUUAAUGAACCGUGGCUCGAACAGUAACACGGCUAGCAAUAGCAAUGUCUAUUUACAGAUCCUGCGCUUGAGCAUUGAAAAAUACGGCCGCACUCUUUACGAAAAUGAAAUCGGUGGAGUAGAUGGAACUGACCAGGACGCGGUACCUUUUUGGGAAUUGUUUGAUGCACAGACAGAGCUGCAUUCUUUCGUGCCCGAGCAAUUUGUCAUGGAUUGGGAUUUUCCCGGAUUGAAUCUUUUCUAUUUCCCAACCGCAUGGCAGGACUUUUUUGGGGAUCUGUAGCCACAAAAGGGUUGCUUUGUGUGAGAUCCUAAGAGCCUGUUUAGUUAUUAUAUCAUACUGCAUGCGUUAGAAACUUCCCCAGAAUCUUGUACUUUCGCGAUAUUUUUAUUAUAUGAUCCAAU